AUGGAAUCAAAGAGAAAUGUCACUUACUUUAUCCUCUUGGGUCUCACACAGAAUCCAAAGGAACAGAAAAUUCUCUUUAUCAUAUUCUUGCUCUUCUACAUUUUGACCAUGGUGGGAAACUUGCUUAUUGUAGUGACUGUCUCUGUCAGUAAGACCCUGGACUCACCAAUGUACUUCUUUCUUGCUAACUUAUCCUUUAUGGAUGUCAUUUAUUCCUCAGUCAUUUCCCCCAAAUUGAUUUCAGACUUGUUCUUAGAGAAAAACACCAUAUCCUUAAAAAUUUGCAUGAUUCAGCUCUUCACAGAACACUUUUUUGGUGGGUCCGAGGUCUUUCUUCUGUUGGCAAUGGCCUAUGACCGCUAUGUGGCCAUCUGUAAGCCCUUGCACUAUUUGGUUAUUAUGAGGCGAUGGGUGUGUGUUGUGCUGCUGGUAGUGUCCUGGGUUGGAGGGUUUCUGCAUUCAGUCAUUCAACUCAGCACUAUUUAUGGGCUACCAUUUUGUGGCCUCAAUGUCAUUGAUCAUUAUAUGUGUGACAUGUACCCCUUACUGAAACUUGUUUGUACUGAUACCUAUGUCACUGGUCUCUUAGUGGCAGCCAAUGGAGGUGUGAUCUGUGCGGUUGUGUUCCUGCUCUUACUCAUCUCUUACGGUGUCAUCUGGAACUCUUUAAAGAACCUUAGUCAGGAAGGGAGACGGAAAGCUCUCCAGACCUGUGGUUCCCACAUCACCGUGGUUGUUUUCUUCUUUGUUCCCUGCAUUUUUAUGUAUGCAAGACCUGCUAGGACCUUCCCCAUUGACAAAUCAGUGAGUGUGUUUUACACAGUCAUAACCCCCAUGCUGAACCCCUUAAUCUACACUCUGAGAAACUCAGAGAUGACAAAUGCCAUGAAGAAGCUCUGGGGAAGAAAAGUCAUAUCAAAUAAUCGGAUCUGGUUUUCCUCAUGUUGCCAAUCUUUCAAUUUGACAAAUAAUAUUACUGUAACUAUGUGUCAUUUAGAAUGUGUUCCUAGACAUGUUAGUUCCCAGAUGUAG